AUGCUCGCCUCCCUGUCGCGACUCGUCUAUGGGCCCACCAAGGAAGAGCGCGUGCAAGAAGUGCAGCGUCGACUGCGACAGGAGCAGCGUGCUCUUGACCGCGAGAUCCGCCAAAUGGAUCAGGCCAUGAGCCGCGUCAAGCAGGACAUCAAGCGACUCGCACGCAAGGGGGAUGACAGGAAUGCCAUUGUACUGGCCAAGGAAGUCGUGCGCACUACAAAGCACCGAACACGCCUAGUGACAAGCAAGGCCCAACUGAACAGUAUCAGUCUCCAGCUACAGCAGCAGCUCUCUAUGUACAAAGUCACGGGGCACUUGCAAAGAUCUACGGAGAUCAUGAAACUAUCCAACGCGCUCAUUCGGAUACCCCAAAUGACGCAGUCUAUGCGCGAGAUGAGCCAAGAACUUACGAAAGCUGGCAUCCUUGAGGAAAUGAUGCAAGAUACCCUUGAAUCGAGCGUGUUGGCAGACGAUGACCCCAUCGAGCUGGAGGCCGAAGCGGACGCCGAAGUGCACCAAGUACUGUAUGAACUGACCGACGGCAAGCUGGGGGAAGCAGGCACUACGGCACACCUUCCGCAGCCUGCCGUUGCAGAGACGGCUUCCCGCGAACAGGACGACCUCGAUCAGAUCCAGGCCGCUCUACACGGUCUGCUCCACGGCUAA